AUGGUUCUGUGGAUUGUGGAGCAUGCCUUCAAUGCUGUGGCACUUUGUAACACCGCCCUCACCUCGCUGCCUACUUAUACAGAGCCUCAAGGUCUCCCGGAGAAUGAUGAGAUCCUGAGUACAUUUGGCUGCUUCAAAGGGUCACUGGAAUACCGCUUCCCAGAAAGGCUGCUUGAAAGUGUUUUGUGUGAAGGAGGUGUUGUUCCCUCCAGGGCCUUCCUUCAGUACCCUGAGGGUUAUGAAAAUUCCAUCCCCAAAUCUAAGGAAGCAGAAUGUAGAUUUCUAGAAAGAACAGGCUGGAUCGGUACAACGGAACGAUGGUUCCAGCCUCAGCGCCAAUCUUACACUGCUGGGGAGGUGUAUCAGGAGCCUGCCAUCCUCAACUUCUCAUUCUCCGAGCUUUUCCCCCGGUCCCUCCAGGCAAGUCCCACACUGCACCUGAGAUACAGGUACACAGGCGGCUCGCUAUCCCAGAGAAUUUAUAAGGUAAGUUGUCCUAAAUCGACUUGGAGAUAUCUGCCAGGUCUAACCGCACAAAGGUCGUCUGCUUCACCAGCAUCUCCCAGAGGAACUCGGAUGAAAGGUGGCCCUCCACCCAGCAGCACCCGCCAUCAGGCUGGGGAGCGCAGACAACCCCCCCCCCCCACCCCCACGCGCUCAGGCCCAGCUCCCUUGCUCCACAGCGUCAGUCUGACCCCGCCGGAUCCGUUCCGGAGACGGGCUCACGAUCGCUCGGGAGGUGCUUCUGCCACACACUUCCAACGUGACCCGGCCGCGGCGCCGGGGACUGCUGUCGAAUCCUCUGCGGCUCGUGCGUGCGGUUCCCUCCGCGGCAGGCCGGACAGCACCCGCCGCGGACGCCCCGAGCGCCCCGGGGCCCGGGCUCGCUGGAGUUUGACUCUCGGGCGGCGGCGCGGAGCCGCAGGCGGCGGGAGCGAGGCGAGCCCGGCCGCUCGCCCUCCGCGCUGCGCUCGGAUUGCGGCGGGCGGGGGCCCGGACGGCGGCGGCGAAGGGGCGGCCGAGCCCCCCCGGGAGUUACGCUGUAGCGACUGCAUCGUGUGGAACCGGCAGCAGACGUGGCUGUGCGUGGUGCCUCUGUUCAUCGGCUUCAUCGGCCUGGGGCUUAGCCUCAUGCUCCUCAAAUGGAUCGUGGUGGGCUCCGUCAAGGAAUACGUGCCCACCGAUCUGGUGGACUCCAAGGGGAUGGGCCAGGACCCCUUUUUCCUCUCCAAGCCCAGUUCCUUCCCCAAGGCCAUGGAGACCACCACCACGACCACUUCCACUGCGUCCCCCGCCACCCCCUCCGCCGCCGGCGCCGCCUCUUCCAGGACGCCCAACCGGAUUAGCACCCGCCUGACGACCAUCACGCGGGCGCCCACUCGCUUUCCCGGACACAGGGUGCCCAUCCGGGCUAGCCCUCGCUCCACCACCGCACGGAACACUGCGCCCCCCCCGACGGUCCUGUCCACCACGGUCCCCUUCUUCAGUAGCAGCACGCCGGGCUCCCGGCCCCCGGUGCCAGGAACUCCCAGUACCCAGGCAAUGCCCUCCUGGCCCACUGCGGCAUACGCUACCUCCUCCUACCUUCAUGAUUCUACUCCGUCCUGGACCCUGUCUCCCUUUCAGGAUGCUGCCACCACCUCUUCCUCCUCCUCGUCUUCCUCCUCCUCUACCACCACCGCGCCAGAAACUAGCACCAGCCCCAAAUUUCAUACAACGACAUAUCCCACUGAGCGCUCUGAGCACUUCAAACCCUGCCGGGACAAGGACCUUGCGUACUGUCUCAAUGACGGCGAGUGCUUUGUGAUCGAAACCCUGACGGGAUCCCAUAAACAUUGCCGGUGCAAAGAAGGCUACCAAGGAGUCCGUUGUGAUCAAUUUCUGCCGAAAACUGAUUCCAUCUUAUCGGAUCCAAACCACUUGGGGAUUGAAUUCAUGGAGAGCGAAGAAGUUUAUCAAAGGCAGGUGCUGUCAAUUUCAUGUAUCAUCUUUGGAAUUGUCAUCGUGGGCAUGUUCUGUGCAGCAUUCUACUUCAAAAGCAAGAAACAAGCUAAACAAAUUCAAGAGCAGCUGAAAGAACCACAAAAUGGUAAAAACUACAGUCUCAAGGCAUCCAGCACAAUGGCAAAGUCAGAGAACUUGGUGAAGAAUCAUGUCCAGCUGCAGACUUAUUCAAAGGCGGAAAGGCAUCCUGUGACUGCGUUGGAGAAAAUGAUGGAGUCAAGUUUUGCCGGCCCCCAGUCAUUCCCAGAGGUCCCUUCUCCUGACAGAGGAAGCCAAUCUGUCCAACACCACAGGAGUCUCUCCUCUUGCUGCAGCCCAGGGCAAAGGAGUGGUAUGCUCCAUAGGAAUGCCUUCAGGAGGACACCUCCCUCGCCCCGAAGUAGGCUGAGUGGCAUCGUGGGACCAGCAUAUCAGCAACUUGAAGAAUCAAGGAUCCCAGACCAGGAUAUGAUACCUUGUCAAGGGAUAGAGGUCAGGAAGACUAUACCCCACCUGCCUAUACAGCUGUGGUGUGUUGAAAGAUCCCUGGACUUCAAGUAUUCAUCCAAUGGUUUAAAAACCCAACAAAAUGCAUCCAUAAAUAUGCAACUGCCUUCAAGAGAGACAAAUUCCUAUUUUAAUAGCUUGGAUCAAAAGGACCUGAUGGGAUAUUCAUCUACAAGGGCCAGUUCCGUGCCCAUCAUCCCUUCAGUGGGUCUAGAGGAAACCUGCAUGCAAAUGCCAGGGGUUUCUGAAGUCAAAAGCAUCAAAUGGUGCAAAAACUCCUAUUCUGCUGAUAUUGUCAAUGUGAGUAUUCCAGUCAGCGAUUGUCUUAUAGCAGAACAGCAAGAAGUGAAAAUAUUGCUAGAAACUGUCCAGGAGCAGAUCCGAAUUCUGACUGAUGCCAGGCGGUCAGAAGACUACGAACUGGCCAGCGUAGAAACCGAGGACAGUGCAAGUGAAAACACAGCCUUUCUCCCCCUGAGUCCCACAGCCAAAUCAGAAAGAGAGGCACAAUUUGUCUUAAGAAAUGAAAUACAAAGAGACUCCGCAUUGACCAAGUGACUGGAGAUGGAGGAAUCUGUGCAUUCUAUGCUUUGCUCAACAGGAAAGAGAGGAAAUUAAAUACAAAUUAUUUAUAUGCAUUAAUUUAAGAGCAUCUACUUAGAAGAAACCAAAUAGUCUAUCGCCCUCAUAUCAUACUGUUUUUUAACAAAAUAUUUUUUUAAAGGGAACGAAACGUUUCAGGAGGGAUAAAGCUUAUGAUGAAAGCUUUUGAGUAGAAUUCUGAAUACAAUUUGAGUUAGUCCCAACACCGGCCUCUUUGGCUUUUAGUAGAUGUGGGUAAUUCAGACCCUUAGUCCCACAGCACCAGUGUCCUCAUAAAAAAGUACUGGCAGUUACCUGGGUCAAAGAGAUGAGCUGUAUCCUGAGGGCGGACAUGCCAGUGAGCAGGCGGCCCUCGCCCUUCGGCUUGCCAGUCCCCACCCCUAAAUUUCAAUUCACUUGACAGCCUCAUCACAGGUUAGGUCAUGUCAACAAACAUAGUGUUUUCUAUUUCAUUUGUGAAGAAUGGCACAAAAACUCGGGAAAGGGGAGGGCAGGAGAUAGAAAGAAUAAUUUGGGGGCAAUCUUCACUACUCUUAUGUGCCAGCUUCCUCUGAAAUUUGAAGGCACAGAAUCUCAGAGGGAGGUGUGAAAUUAUCAUAGAAAAAGACGAGAAAAAUCACAAUGUCGUGUCAGUAAAAUCAUGCUAAUAGAAGUGUUUUUCUUUUGAGAUCGUUUAGGGGCUCCAAAGGAGCAUUUCUCAGUGUGUGUGUGCCCUAUGUGUGGGUGUGGGUGUGUGGGUGUGCCUGCGCGUGUGCACAGGCGUGUGUCUGUAUGUGCCUGCUCACUUGAGCACAGGUAUGCUGUAUGCACAUGUGUUCAUUGUGUGUAUGUGUGUGCAUGUGUGUGCAUAUUAAGCUUGCUAAAAUUUGUUCUGAAACAUCAGGGAAUUUAAUAUUCAGAAAAAAAUGUUCCCUCUCAGAUCUGUUCACGUUACAUUUAUACAUUAAGUGUAAAAUUCAGUUAAGUUCUUAAAUCAAGGUCACUUGCAUGGCGGGGUCCUUUAAAACUCUUGACAAUGUCAAGAUCAUUUUCUGGUGUGAAUAAUUUUGAGAGGAACAACUAUUGGCUCAUUAAUGAUAUCAGUAUCACAAGGCAAGUUGAGGAUGUGUGUUUAUUUUGAAUCAUGCGUACUUAAAUUAUUUACGCAAGCCAAUUAUCACAUUGACAGUUACCCUUUGCUUUCUCAUCAUCCUCAUUAUUAUUUAUUUUGUAGCAAGUCUACUAUUUGUGGACCAAGACAUUGGCUUCUGUGGUUAAUAUGGAAAGAAUAAAUUGUUGAAAUCACAAAGCCCAGACUUUUCAGUUCACAGGAAGCCCCCAAAAGAACAGUGAAUUGUGUUGUAUGUUCAUUUGGAAUAAAGCAAUAUUUUUACCACUGCUGAGGUGAACUGAAACUUCUCCUGAAGAUUUGUCUGUUUUAUUUACCCUUAUUUUCAUGGGGCAUUCAAGGAAAUUAGUGUUCACCAAACCAGUCUUUUCCAGUUAUUGGUGGUGUUGAGUUGUUAUGUUUACACUGUUUUAAAUAAAAAGGCACAGUAUUUGAAAGUAUAUAAAAGAUUUCUUUUACUGCAGUCUGGGAAGACUUUGGUUAAAUUUCCUUGUGGAAGAUUCACAUUAAAAUUGAAAGGGAAUGUAAUUUCUGAAUCAAAUAUUGAAUAUAUAAAAUUCUUUCUUGA